AUGGAGUUCACUAAGCUAACUGAGCUGGAGCUACCGGCCGCAUUCGAUGCACAUGUGCACUUGAGAGAUGGCGAGAUGUCGCAGCUCGUUACGCCGACGAUUCGACAGGGUGGUGUGAAUCAGGUGUAUGUCAUGCCGAACUUAGUCCCGCCCGUUACCACAGUGCAGCAAUGUCUCGAGUACCGUGACCGGCUGAAGGCCAUCGAGCCCAACGUCGACUACCUCAUGUCUCUAUAUCUCCAUGAAUCAAUCACCCCCGACGUGGUCCGCGAAGCGAAGAAAGCCGGCAUCACAGGCGUAAAGUCCUACCCCGCCGGCGUCACAACCAACUCCUCCUCCGGCGUCAUCUCCUACGAAGCCUUCUACCCCGUCUUCGCGGAGAUGGAAAAACAAAACAUGAUCUUGAAUCUCCAUGGCGAAGUCCCGUCUACGCCUUCUCAUGCGAAGGUUGAGAAGGAGGGGCUGCUAUUACUAUCCUCAACGCAGAGCCCGCUUUUUUGCCUACACUCACCUCCCUGCACGAAAGCCGCUGCCCUCGCCGCCGUGCGCGCGUGUGGUCCCACGGUUGCAGGAACCAUCACGGCGCACCACCUCUCGCUCGUCAUUGACGACUGGGCGGGCGACCCGUUCUGCUUCUGUAAGCCAGUAGCGAAGACGCCCGAGGAUAGAGAUGCGCUGCUGCAGGCUGUGGUGAGGAGCGAGGGGAGGUUCUUUUUGGGGACGGAUAGCGCGCCGCAUGAUCAGGGGAAGAAGAGGGGGAGGACAAGGUGGCGGCGGGGUAUUUACGCAGGGGAUGCGGUGGGGUAUGUUCUUGAUGCCCUAGAGAAGGGUGUGGCGAGGGGUGUGGUUAGGGAGGAGGAGAUCAGUCUGGAGGGGCUGGAGGGGUUCUUUGGGGGUGGGGAGGAAGUUUUACCAGGUGAAGAAUGA